CUGUGCUGUUCACGGUUGUAUGUUGUGAUAAGUUAUUCCAUCGUUGUUAAAUGUAAUUUUGCGAAGAAAAUAGAAUUUAAUUCCACAAAUUCCUAUGAAUUUAUGUAUGGACUGUUUUUAUUGAGAAAUGUUUCAAGACCAAAAGUCUUAACAAAUGCUAACAAUGGAGCCUCCAUUGAUUAACAAUGGAAUUCUAAUGAAAUCAACUAAUGUCAAAUUAGAGGCAAUGAAGAUAAAAAUCGUAACUCAGAAAGAUUCAGAUGAAUCUUUUUCAUCAAGUCUAAAUGAAAAUGGACUUCCUGGUACAUCUAACACGUCAGAAUUUGUAAUUAAAACUCUUCCUAAAAAUAAAUCGGUUAAUAGCAAUAUAAUUAUUAACUAUGCAGCAGAGAAAGAUUUUAGGCAAAGCCAACGAACUGAAGAAGGAGCCAAGAAAACCUUGUCAGAUGUAAAUUCUGUUAUGAAUGAUGCAGCUUUGUUAUUAAAUCUUGCUACAGAGAAGGAUAAUGUAUUACCAGUGGUAAGGAACAAUACAUUUUCUAUGAAGACUCUGAAGCCAGAUGCAUUCCAAGAAAAAGCGGAAUCAUAUAACAAUCAUGUCAAAGCAUCUGUUGCUAAGGCCCUAGGAGGGAAGCAGAUAUAUUUCCGUUUCCGUGUUCAAGAAAGUCUUCACAAAAUCUCUCGGCCCAAAGAUGCUGUGGUUUACCAGUGCCACAUUUGCAAAGGGCCAUACAAGCAGAAGUUUAGUCUUAAAAGACAUUUUCUUCGAAAUCAUAUAAACCCGGAAUAUAUUUCGGCAGCCGAUUUGUCCAACUGUAAAAUCCCAAUUCAAAAUGAAGAAAUUAUACAGCAGUUUGUUGAAGAAAGCAAAACUCCUUCAGGAAGGAAACGAUUCAAGACUAAUGGUGCUGUUUUCUUUAUCCCUGACGGAAAAACGAGGGUGCCUGGACUUUAUAAAUGCCAUCAAUGUCCUGGAAUUCGGUUUGAUUUAGAAGAUGAAUUAGAGGCACAUUAUUCAUCCCACUUGAAUCUAAAUAGGGAUGAUGUCUUCCCAUGUAAUUUGUGCCCAUCUGUAUUUCAAAGGAAGCAAGCACUGUCAAAGCAUAUGGUUUCGCAUACUGAAAAGAAAAUAAUUUUUCAUUGCAAAAAAUGUCCUCAGCAAUUUGAGAAAAUUACUGAUUACACAUGCCAUUUGCAAAUGCAUGGGAGUGGGAAAAGAUGCAAGUAUUGUGAAAAAGAGUUUUCCACCGCAGCUAAUCGAAAGCGGCAUGAAAAUAUUCACGAACGUGGGCGAGUUUUUUCUUGCAGGCUGUGCAAAGCAAAGUUUUCUCGAAGUAAAGAGCUGGAGAAGCAUAUAAAAAAAAUGCACAGUAAUUUAAAACUUACUUGCCCACAUUGUCCCAUGCAAACCAGUCCCAUCAUAUUUACAUCACAGUAUUUAUUCGAAGCUCACAUAGCUUUAAAGCAUCGAGAUAUUCCAGGUAAAAAAUUUGUUACAAGUAACAAAACAACAGGGUUGUACAAGACUCACAUGCAGAAAUUACCUAAGGAAUCUUUCUGUUGUUACUGCAAGAAGAAAUUUUCUUCUGUAAAAGCAAUGGUGAAUCAUAAAAAUGCUGUUCAUAAGAAUGAAAUAGCGCAGCACAAGCCUAAGAAAUUUGGACAAAAAGAAAUUACCAAAGGGAAAUUGCAAAGAAAUCCUGAAGGCAAUCAAAAACUUAAAAAUUUGCCUAUUAAUGAAAAAGACCAUUGUGAGAAAAAUUCUAAAUCUGAUAAUUACGUAAAAACUGGAAUUUUAGGUAAAAAGCGCACUACUUAUGAGAGAAAAGCCAAAAAUUCAUCUCAGUACAAGCUAUCUAAAGAUAAAUCUUAUCGGAAAAAGGAUGAAGCUGAGAAACUGUUUUAUUUUAAUGUUUCCAGCAAUGUUGCUGAUAAUCUUUUGAAUCAUGUUGAUGGUGGACCUAAUCAAAUAAAUCUUAAAAAAUCUGGCUUUCAAGAUCCAAGUGAAUCUUUUGAUUAUAGAUCAAAUACAAGUGAAAUUCCUUGGUCAGCGCAUAAUUUCUCCAAUUGCUUUGACAGUGAUGGUGUAAUGAGUAAAAGAGAAGAAAAGUCACUAUUAUUUCCCCAAGAACGGUGCCUUUAUGCAACAGGGCUUGAAAGGAAUGAAGUUUCAGUUGAGAAUACUGUAAAUUUGAGUAGCUCAGAUGAAGGGACUAUGCAUUCUGAUAAUCAGGAAGAAAAAGAGAAACUUAUAAAUCAUGAAUUUUGUGCAACAUAUGUUUGUGGUGUUUGUAAAGGUAUAUUCCCAGAUUAUUCAGCAUUUGAAGACCAUUCUGUUAAUAAUCAUCCAAAUGUGGAAAUUUCUUUUGUUGAAAUUGAAGGCACAAGUAACAAUCCACCAGAUGUUCCAGGAGAAUUGAGGAGACCUCCUUAUACUUUGCCUAAUGGCAUGCUGAUUUCUUAUGAAGUGUCACUCCCAACUCAAGUACAUUUUGAUAAUAUAUGCAGUAAAUGUGAAAGCAGAUUCGAUACCAAAGACGAGUUAUAUGCUCAUAUAUUUCAGUGUACUACUGAAACAGACAUUCAUUUUCGAAAGAAGCUAAAUCAAAGAAAUAAGAAAGGAUUUGCAAUGAAAAAUAGAAUAGAUUCAAGUAGGAAACCAAUCAAAAGCUCUGGGUGGUUCAAUCGGAAUAAACAAAUUUUCAAGAGUGGAUGUUUUCGUAGAAAUAAAUUUCAGAGUGGAAAAUACUAUUUCGACAUGGAAAGCAACGAAAGAGAUAAAAGAUCGCCUCAAUCUUCUAAGUUAUGUGCAAAUCGUUGUCCACAUGCAUUUUGUGAAUCUGUAUUUAUAUCUGCAGCGAAACUUCCAGAACAUACAGAGGUUUGUCCUAAUAAAUUCAAGAGUCACACAGCUGAAGAGCAAAAGUCGAAAAAAUACCAAAUGAAAAAAAGUAAAGAUAAUCAAUCGCUUGAACAUUCGCCUUCACCUAUUUCUUACAAUGAAAGUGGAAGCAGUAAUGAUCCUGUGAAAAAUUCUAACAUUUCAGAUACGGGUACCUUGUCAACUUUUACCUAUGACAAUGCAUUACCUGUUGAAUUGCAAGAAGAGGUCCAUGAUGAUAAAACAGUUUCUUCAGAAAACCAAUGUUUAAAUGCUCCACCUUCAAAUAAUUUGCAAAGCUCUGUUGAAAAGGAAAAUGAUGCAGAUUUAUACUGCGAAAAAACUGUAGGUUUAGAAAGGAAUACUUCUAAAACGUCUCCACUUCUCGAUUUAGAUAUUUUGCGGAAACUUGUUAAAAAAGUUGAGUCAGCAUUAUGUAAAAAUGACUUGCAGAUGGAAGAUGUGACUGAAAAAUCAGUAAAAAAAGUUUCUGAGCAUUCUACUGAAGCCGAAAGCUCAGCACGGAAAGUUUCUGAUCAUUCUGAAGCAGGGAGUUCGGCAAAGAAAAUUUCCGAGCACUCUACUAAAACUGAGAGCUCAGUAAAGAAAGUUUCUGAGAAUUCUGCUAAAAAUAUAGACGAAUUAAAAUUGCCUGUAGGUAGUAUCAUCUCUGCUAAUUCAAAAAAGAGAGUUUCUGAAAAUGCAGUGAAGAAUACCAAAAGUGGGAAUGUAACAAAAUCAGUGGAAAGUUCCAGUAGUGAGAGCACAGUUGAAUUAUCUACAGUUGGAACAGCAGAAACAUUGCCUAAAGUUAAUUUACCUAAAAUAAAGGAAGUUGUAAAAGAAAUCCAGCUAGCAGCUUCUAGUUCACCAAAUUUGAAAAAAAGUAAUACACCAUUGACAUUCCUUUCACCUGAAGUAAAUCAAAAUGUUGAACAUUCUUCUCCAAACAAGAAUUUACUUGUAUCAAAUGGAAUGCAUUCUCGGUCUGUAAAAGAAUCAAGUGUUACAAAUGAAUCUCAACAAUCUGAAAAGGCUAGGCAAAGAAAAAAGAGAAAGCCUAUAAAAAUAAUGCAUAAAAUGAUUGAUGAGACAGAGAAUAAUCUGAAAAUCAAUUUAACUUCAUUCUCAUUAGAGGAAAAUAGUUUUAAGCCUAUUGAAAAUUCAGGAAAACAUAUACUCUCUACAAAUAUGUAUGCUCAGAUUGUAAAAUCACCUGAUAUGGUCCCAGAAAAGAAUAAGAUGGAUUUUCAUAGUUCAAAUGAAAAAAGCACCACUAUUAUUCUUGAAUCAGCUGCUGUUGAUUCUACUAAAAAUACUCAAAUUAAUACUGAUGAGGGAAAAAUAUCUACUCCUGUAUUUCUUCCACAAGAAAAUCCAGAAGGCAGUGAAGACCGUGACAGUCCUAGUCUAGAAGUGCUGGUUAGUUCAGUUACUCAAAGCAUUGAGAAUUUUGAUAAACCCUCUCUUCUAGAUGAUGAAAAAUUUGCUCUUCAGACUUCUGAUUUGAUAAAUCCCACUACCUUAAAAAAUACUGGUAUGGAUUUAACUUCUAAUAAUGGCUUAAACUUUAAGAUUAUUAUACCAACGAGUGAUUCACCUUCCAUAUCCCAGGCAUCCGAUAAAGAUGCUUUGAACUAUUUUGCAUCGGGAAUAACUGGAGAUGAAUCACCAAUGCCUGUCUCUAUAGAUAAGAACAAUGUUAAGACAUCAGUGAUAAACAAAAUGAAAUCUAUACUGAAUGUUACGGAAAAUGCAUCGGAUACUGCAAGGCUUAAGGAAUCGAUUAACAGCAAAAUUAAGAAUACUGUAACUCCACUAAUUGAAAAUACUAUACCUGUUACUGAAAAUACUCAAAAAUUAACUCCUGGAGAAAAUAAAUCUGUAGUAAAUUCUGCAACUGUUAAUCUGCAUGCAGAUGUUUCUCCUGAAUUUCAGAGAAGCCUUAGUUUUGACAAAAGUAUUAAAGAAUCAAGAAAGGAAAAUGAAGAAAAUGAAAUGGGGAAAUCAUUUCUGAAAGAAAAAGGAGACAAUAAAAAAAGAAAUGAUAAUAAAAAAGGAGACAAUGAUUCCUUUGAUGGAGACGAAUAUUCUUCUAAAAAAUCUGGCCAUGGUCAACUUGCCAUGGUUGAUAAAAAUAAUAUAGUUAAUUUAACACCAGAACAGAAAUUUAAACAGCCUAAGGAUAAGAUGAAAUCAAAAGUAAUAGAAGUUGUUCAAAGUACAUCCACUGAGAAUGGUAAGAAUGAAUCACAGAUGAAGAAAGUAAAUUUAAAACCUUCUCUGGACAAGAAAUGUUCUGAAGAUGACAAAGGUAUGUCCUCUAAAUCACCUGUUAAUAAUAAUACUCAACCUCAAUUAGCCUUGGAAGUAGAUAACCAUCUGACUAACAAAAAUAAAGUUGAAGACUGUAUUCCAUCAGAAAACAGUGCCAAAUUAAGGCUUUUAAGAAUGAAAAGACCAGCACUUAAUGAAUCUUCAGAUAAAGCAGCAAAUGAAAAUAUGAAACUUAGUAAUUCAUCUGAAAGUGAUAACUCAAAUACUCAGAUGUCAAAAAGAAGGAAAAGUAUAAAUGAUUCAGGAGCUGUUGCUGGGAUGCACAUUUCGGAUCAAGCUUCUCUGGGGAACAGUUUGGAUCCAGCUGCUGUUGCGAAUAGUAUGGAUCCAGCUGUGGUCAACAGUACAGAUCAAGCUGCAUUGGUUGACAGUUCUGGUGUAUACAAUUUAGAGUCUAUAACUGCAAAAGCCUCCAUGGAUGAUGGUUGCUGUUCGAAGGCAUCAGAUUACUCUUAUCCGGCUAUAGAUGAUAAAAAUAUUGUGGUGAAGAAAGAAAAAUCGGACAAUGAGCUAUUCCUACAACGUAACUGUCCAUAUUGUUUUUUAGACUUUGCGUAUCUUUCAAAUUUCAGACGACAUUUGAAACAGUGUCCUAGUAGGACUAUGAAUGUUGAAAGUGAAACACCUGUAGCAUCUACUUCAUCACAGUUUCAACAUUUACCGAAAAAGAAUGAAGUUGAAGAAAGUAUGCUGAAUCUUCUACGUCAUCAGUCUAGACAGUACGAGCUAAUUAAGGAGACACAAGAUGCUGAAGAUAGCAAGCCGAAGAUUAGUUUCCGGAAAUUCAGCUGUCCAAGGUGCCACAAAAUCUAUUUGAGUUACUUUUCAUUUAUCCAGCAUGUGUUCCAAGUUCAUAAGAUGAAAACAGCUAAUGCUGGUGAUGCUUCAACUUCUCAAAGUAUGAAAGUGCUGCCAUUAGAGGAGAUUGAAAGAGACAUGCAUCAAGAAACAAAGAUAGAGGAUAUUGGUGGUGCUUCAACUUCUCAAGAUGCUAAAGUGAUGCCCUUAGAAGAAAAUGGAAAGGAAAAUAACAUCAAUUUGCCUGAAAUUUGUGAUAAUACUUAUGAUAUCUCUUCUGAAUUAACUGAUAAUGGAAUGAAUUCAAGUGCUAUUGUUGGAAACAGUGUGGAAAAGAUUGACCAAGCUAAUGCAAAUAAGAAAGAAGAGAACUUUUCCAGCAAUAUUCCUUUUCAUGAAUUAAAAUCAGAUAAUAAAGAAAUUAUGUUAGGUUCAGAACUAAAUGUUACCAAGUGCACAGAAAACAUAAAUAGUUCAGACAGUUCGAACUUAACUGGCAAAGAAAUAAAAACUUUUUCUUCAUCAGAUGGCAGAAAUGUUUCUAAUUCUCAGAAUGAUAAAGAAUUUACAGACCCGUCUCUCUUAGUUUUACCUGCCUAUGGAAAAGGAAGAGGCCGUAAAAAGAAAAGUAUAGCAGAAAAUUUGUCAGAAAAGAAAAUUGAGUCUACGAUCGAAGAACAGUCUUGCAGAACAGAAGAUACGUCUGCUGUUAGUGAACCAAAAGCUACAGAUACUGUUACUAAUAACUCAAUGCUGAAAGAAGUUGGAGAAUCACUCCUUGUGAAUCUUAAAUCUUCUAAAAGUACAUUAGUAAAUAAGCUUAGGAGUACUUUAUCAAAAAGUAUGCAGAAUGGAGUUAACUUAAAGGAUACUCCUACAAAAUUUGUCAAAAAAACAGGAACACUAAAGAGUGCUGACAGUGAUCCAAAACAUUUGGAUAAAGAUUCCUGUUCCCUUAAGUCACACAUUAAAAAGAAUGCAAUUGAAACUUUAAAAGCAACAGAUAAAACUAAUGCACAUCACAUUUCUCAUCCACUGAAUACAUCAAGGCGAGGUCGAAAAAAAAGUGUUGUUACUCGAAUUCCUGUUAAACAAAAUAUCAAAGGCUACAAACGAGAAGCCAAUAAUAAUCUUUCACUGAUUGAUGUACCAAGUGAAGUUGUCGAUUCUUCUGCAGAAGCUAUGGAAACAGAAUCGAAUUCAAGACUUGAUGAUUCAUCAAAAAUAAAUAAAUUGAAAUCUUUGCGAAACCAAAGUCUCCCAAGUACUGGAUCAUUGACCAUUUCAAAGGAAAAAAAGAAUUAUAUUAAAAAGAUCAAUACUAAUACUCCCCAGUCUAAUAAAAUGACUAAGGCUACCAAGCCUACAAAACCCUCCUUUCAAGAAGUUAAUCCCGAUGUUCAAGCUAGUCAGAAAUCAAAAGUCAACAACAAGACCAGAAGUUCGAAAAGCAUCAAAGCAAAUUGUGAUAAUGAACCCAUUCCAUCAACAUCAUAUGGCCCAAGCAGAAGUAGAAACUCCAAGGUGAUAAAUAUUUCUCUUGACUUGUCUUCAGAGCCUGAAGAUGCUGAUGACAUUCAGCAAAAUAAAACCAAACAAAAAAGGAAACCUAAUAAUAAAAUCUGCCCAAUUUGCAAGCAGAAAUUCCCUGCAAUGCUGCAGCGAAACAGACAUUUACAGUUAGUUCAUGGACGUAACAGAAGUCGAACUGAAGGUUCUAUUUCUCCCACAUCAGUGCCGGUGAAAAAAGAAUCUGCGAGUAAAAUGACAGACAGUCCUGUGAAGAAAGAAACUGUCAAUAAGGUAAUUGAUAGCUCUGCGAAAAAAGAAAAUAAAGUAGCUGACAGUCCUGCUAUUGUACCUGAUAGAUCUGCUUACCAGAGACAGUGUAGCAAACCUCUACCUCCUUUGAAGAGGAAGUAUCAGAAAGUUGGUGGUAAGAACAUUCAACCUGUAAAAAAGACAAAAUCAUAAUCAUUUAAUGUUUUCAAAAUACUGUAGCAUAAGAACCUAUAGUCAACUUUUUUUUCUACAUUUUUGUAUGUAGUUGCAUUGUUUCCAAUACCAUCAAAUAUGUUUAUAUGCAUGUUCUAUAAUUUUAAACUAUUUCAGAAUCAUUUGAUAAAAUAACACCGUGAUAAAAAAAGCAAAUAAGUGUCAAUAAUCUGGAUCAAUUAGAGCUGCGUUGUGCCUGAAUUUGCUAAAUUCAUAACAAUUUAACAACCCUUAAAAUUUAUUUUAACUAUAAAUAUAGUUUACAGAAGUUAUUUUGUUUUUAAAAACAAAAAUGAGAAUAAUCAAUAAAUUAUUUAGCAAAAAUUGUUAAAUAAAUUUUGAAUGAAAAUGGUUAUAGAUAUGCGGUUAUCCUGCACUGCAUAAUUUUUUUUCUUUAAUAUGUUAAAUAGCUUGAAACAUAUCUUGAAUAUGUUUUUUCUUUAAUAGUUAUUUAUGAAGUUUUGAUUUUUUUUUAAUGCAAUUUCUUUUAUACAGUUCUUAAAUAUGGCACAAAAAUAGGUUUGACUAUAACUUCAAUUUGUAUGCUUUAAGUUAGUAACAUCCUUAUUGACUCUUAAUUAUAUCUUAAGUCAAUAAUAAAUUCAGAAUAUUUUGUUGGCAUUUUUAUCACAUUUUUUUAUUUAAUUUAAUCUUUCAUUAUCUACGUUUCAUUUUGAAUAGCAUCCUUCCAUGUAUAUUUAUUGAUUACAUGUAAAUGUUUCCUGUGUUUUUAUGUCUGUGAGAAUGUAUUUAAUCUGCAUGUAUAUUUAUAAGAAAAUCUAAUAUGAAAAUGUUAAUUCCAUAGUUAUACAGUUUUUUUUUUUUUUUUUUAAAUUUGAACUGUGAUAUUCUUACAAUCAUUGAAAAAUAAAUCAAACCAAAGGAAUUUUAUUUUUCAUUAAAUCAAUCGUAUAAUUAAUCUAUAUUGUAAUAAUUAAUUCUUCAUCCCCUCAUCUUUUGUCUCUUAAUGCAUUAAAUGUCACUUAGGAACUAUGUGUAUACUUCAAAAGGAAUAAGAAAAGAUUUGUUUAUUUUAUUGGGUGUGUGCUAUAAAUCUGUUUUGAUUCCUCUCAUCUUGUAUUAUUGUAAAGAUUAAGAAUUUGAAAAGAACUUUUAUAUGAGAGUUAACUUUUUAAAUGAGAGUUCAACCCUUACUCUGCCUUUUUAUUUAUUCAUUUUGAAGAAUUAAAAUUUAAUUAAUCAAAUUUGUGACUUGAAAUUUUUUUUAGUAAAAAAUAAAUAAAACGUCUUUUUAGGCUUAGUUAUAAUUGAAAAAAAGGGGGGGGGCAAAAUUUCUAAUAAUUUAUUUUUAUUAUUAGUUGUGGAUUUAAUUUUUGUUAUAUAAUAUAGCAAUUGCAAAUUUUUUGAAAAAAAAAAAAUCUCUAAAGAAAUCUGUAGACUUUUUGGUGUGUUAACCUAUAAAUCCUUAGAAUAUAAAAUCUAAUGUGUUUUUGCUACUUGAGAAAUGCAAAAUAAAGAGAUGAAAAGCAUCCCCUUUUUGUUAUUCUAAAAAUCUACUUAACCUAUUGUCUUCAAGGUUAAUCUAUUUGAAUUACAAAAAAUGAAUUUUCCUUGUAUUCAGAAAUGUUCUUAAACAAGUUUGAUCGAGAAAGGGAGGGGGGAGGGGAUUGUUGAGAACUUGAUGAUCAAAAAGAUUAUUAUAUUAUGAAAAGGCUGUCCAUUAUUUUUGCAUUUUAACAGAAUUGGAAUUUUUUUCCCCUUAAAAAAUGUAAAAAUCAGACUAGAAGGGGGAGGAAAAAGAGUUAUGCUUCGAAGUGCCUUAAGAUUUUUUUUUAAAUUUAUACAUGUCUAUUCCUUAGAUAUUUUAUAUCGGAAAUUUGUGUAACUAUACCACUUCUAUUAAAGAUAUUUCUUUUCUAAUACAAAAAUAAUAAUCAUGGAAAGUCUUUCAUGUUCUCAUUAAACCCAUUAAUGUCCAACUUACUUUAAGCAUAGAUUUCAGGAAAUAUCUUUUAAAGUUAAAAACAUAAAUAUUAAGAUAACUGUGAGGUAAAAAUUCUAAGAAAAAAAGAAGUUUCUAAAGUCAAAGAAAUUGGAUUUAAUUUUAAAGAGUAGAUUAAAUUUUUGAGAUUUAUUGAACAUUCUAUAAAGAAAGGACAUCUAAAAUCUUUUUUGUAGAUAAAUAUUAGAAAAGAGUUUUAGAAUAAUAGAUUGUUGAUUGUUGAAAACUAUUUUCAAAUUCCUUCCAUUAUUUUGAAAAAAUUUUUUUUUUUAAUUUUUCUUUCAAAAUCUGUGAAAUGGAUAGUAUAUGUUGAUUGAAAAUUGUUUUGGGAAAUAUUGAGCAGAAAUUACUAUCAAGUUGCAUUCUUUUCUGCUAUGGUAUAGAAAUAUAACUGUCUUAUAAACGUUGAGCUGGAUUAAGGUGCAUAUUUAAUGUGUCUUCUCUUUUUGUAUGAAAAUUAAAUUUCAAAAGAACAUGGAUGAGCUUUUUUACAAUUCUUAAUAAUUGUGUAUAUAGAUAUUUUCUGAUCAAAUCUUACAUCAUAUGAAGUUAAAAAUGUACUGUAUCACAUUUGAAAAAAAAUUUCUAGAAAUGAUACUUGUUGUUGAUUGAUGUUUAUGUGAAUGUUUUAAUAAUGUGAUAUAUAUGUGUGCCUAAAACUAUGAAUUAUC